AGCUCCUCCAACACCACACCCUCUAUACAAAUUCUUAGAGGACAACAGACUGAAGUUUCUGCUGAAUCAAGCUCUCUUCUCUGAGGGAAAAAAAAAAGCAAUCAAGAAGUUCAAAAAAAAGAGCAAGGCCUUGUUGAGAAAGCAUGACAAAUUGAAGAGAGAGUGAAAAAUAAUAGAGGAAAAAAAAUUGUUCUCUCUUAAUUUUGUUUGUGGUGUUCCUCAUGAAUUGCAAAAGCAAAUGAUGGCUGGAAACCCUAGUUGGUGGAGCAUGUAUCCUCCUCAAUAUGUUGUUGGAUCAGCAACUUCACUCCCUUUGAAUUUUUUGGCUGAUAACCAAGACCCUCCUCAUCAGUCAUGGAGCCAACUACUACUGGGAGGAUUGUUGGGCCGUGGCGGCGAAGAAAGAUUUGGUCUGAGUCAUUUUGAGCCAAAAAGGUUGGAGAAUUGUGAAGAACAAAUCUUGAAUUAUCAUCCAUCUUCAAGGGUGGUUCCUGUUGAUCAUGGUCAUGUAAAACAGGAGAUUUCCCAAAAUAGUAACUUUUACAGUCAUGGAGAUGAAGAAUUUCAAGCAACUAGACCUGCAGCUUGGUCACAACAACUCAUGCCAGUAGUCUCUUCUCCUAUAUCAUGUGUUACAAGUUUGGGUAGUACUACUAAUAAUAAUAUCUUGGAUUUCUCUUAUAACAAGGCAAACAGGCAACCUGCAGCAGAUCAGUCAUAUGAGCAGUGUAAUCGCUCAACAACUGGUGGGGUGUGCAAGAAAGCUAGGGUUCAUGCCUCUUCAAGCCAACCUCCUCUAAAGGUGAGGAAGGAGAAAUUAGGAGAUAGAAUAACAGCUCUUCACCAGCUUGUUUCCCCAUUUGGAAAGACUGACACUGCUUCUGUCCUGUUAGAAGCUAUUGGUUAUGUUAGAUUCCUUGAGGGUCAAAUUGAGGCCCUUAGCUCCCCUUACUUGGGCACUGCAUCAUCUUCCAACAUCAGGAACCAACAUUUUGAUGGUAGUGAAGAUGAACCAAGAGACCUAAGGAGUAGAGGGUUAUGCCUGGUUCCUGUGUCUUUCACUCAGCAUGUUGGGACUGAAAAUGGUGCCGAUUGUUGGGCUCCGGCCACCGGCGGAGGGUUUUGAUUGGACGGACAUGACUCACCGGAACUUACAUGGAAUGAUGAUGCUAUAUAAGCAGUCACUCUGCUGUAACUUAUAAGGUUGAUUGCUCACGAUGCAAUGUAUUCUCUGUAUUAGAAGUGGAAGUGGAAGCAGUUUUCGUUCUUGUACUUUUUAAUGUAUUACAAGUCAACAUGACUAGCUAGGACUCAGAAAUUUUGUCA